GCGCACGUGCGCUGCAGUUCUGCCUCGUACCCGGCACCGUGUUAACAUUGUUCUAUAUUUAGCUAUGGCGGCGAGAUACGAAAUACGGACUUCGGAUACCCUCGGCAGGUACCUAGUAGCCGCCAAAGACCUGCGGGCGGGCGAGAAGGUUCUAUGGGACGAACCCUUCGUAAUUGGACCCAACAGUGACACUUCGCUGGUCUGCUACAACUGCUACCUGCCUCUCAUCACCAAGUUUCUGGUCUGCAAGCAGUGUGCGGUAGCGCCUUUGUGCGGCGAGGGAUGUCCUCAGCCUCUUACUUACAAUUGGCAUUCAAAAACAGAAUGUGAAUUUUUUAGAACACUCAAACUAACCAAAGGGCUUAAUCCGAUGGUGAUGGUUCAGAAUGUAGGCUCUCUUAUAGUUCUGCGAGCUCUGCUAAAGAAGACCACAGACCCUCAAGCCUGGCAAGAGUUCAUGCAGCUGGAAACACAUUUAGAGGAGAGAAAAAAUACAAAUAUAUGGGAGUUCUAUGAGGGUACUGCAAAGUUCAUCGAAUCACUGGGUCUACUCGACGACUUACCAGACAAAAACAUAGUUCAAAAGAUUUGCGCGGCUAUCGAUGUAAACAGCUUCGACGUCCGCGGCCCGCAAGUACCCGCCAUCGGGUGCUCCGAAAUACUGCGCGGAGUUUACCUCCAGGCGGCGCUACUGGCGCACGACUGCGUGGGAAACACGCACAUGGCUAUAAGCGAUAACAAUCUCCUUGUCUGCCACGCUAGCACAGAUAUAAAGAAAGGAGAUAUCAUUUACUACAAUUAUACGGACCCUCUGAAGGGCACAGCUCUCCGACAGCAGCAUUUGUUGGUGGGCAAAUACUUUAAAUGCGCGUGCGCACGCUGCGCCGACUGCACAGAGUUGGGCACGUUCAUCAGCUCGGCUAUUUGCCCGACGUGUAAGACCGGGUAUCUGUCUACCAGUGCGGGAGGAGAAUGGAUUUGUAACGAGUGCAAGAAAGACUUCGCGCAAGAUAUCAUCGGCCACAGAGUCCAGUGUUGUUCAGAUAAACUGGACUUCAUAAAUAAAAAAGAUGAGAAAGAAUUAGAGGAGUACAUACGGAAUGUAUCGCUAGUGCUCGCUCCCAACCAUUACCUGCUGUUGGACGCGAAGCAGCGGCUCGCGGGCGUCCUUCGUGACGUCAUCAACAGGGAACCCCACCCCACCAAGAAAGUAAUGCGAAGGAAGAUAGAGUUAUGCAAGGAACUAUUGCCGGUCAUUGAGAAACUCACGCCCGGCAUAUCUAGAACUAAAGCUAUAACAUUGUACGAGUUGCAUGCAACUAUGGCGCAGUUGGCGAAGAAAUUGUUUGAUUCACGUGAAAUAACUGGAUCUGGAUACAUGGACGAACUACUACUGGCCGAAAAAUAUCUCAAAAGUGCUUUGGAGAUGCUGUUCAUUGAGCCGGGGAAUUCGCCUGAGGGAGAACUUUGCGCUAAGGCCCUCGAAGAAUACAGAGCCCUCAAGGCUACUAUGGGCACAGUCCUCGACGGGUUACACGAGGUCGGAAAAACAUAUGUCAGUGAAGUAGCAGAGGAGGCGACAGAAACUUGUAUUAAUUAA